UCAGUUUCAAAAUGGCGGCGACCUCUGCAGGACGCAUUGCUGGUUUAUGUCGACUAUUUCAGCGUUCUGUGUCAAUACAAACAUCAUCUUUCACAUCACAGCAAACGCAGUAUUCUUCAAUCAGGUGUAAUACUCUCGCCAGCAGGUUCAGCUCAGUUUGUCCGGCUGCGGUGCCGAUCCAUUGUCGUCUCUUCCACACAUCACACAGUCGCAGCGGACUCGAUGAGUUCUUCGAUACUCCCGAGAACUGGGGCGAACCUAAAGUCAAGUCUGGAGCCCCCUGGACCAGCAAACUGCUGCGGGCCAAAAGCAACGAGGACCUCCACAAACUAUGGUACGUCCUUCUGAAGGAGAAGAACAUGCUGCUGACUCUUCAGCAGGAGGCAAAGAGGCAGCGUCUCUCCAUGCCCAGCCCCGAACGCCUCAAGAAGGUGGAGCGGUCCAUGGUGCGUCUGGACACGGUGGUAGAGGAGAGAGAGGCUUCACUGCGUCUCCUCAUGACUGGGCAGGAGAGAGGCAGGCCUGGAGCGUGGAGGAAGAGCAUCUUCGGAUACGCAUACUGGUAUCGCUUUAGAGAGCAUCCCAUCCCCUGGUUCAUGAACACGCGCUACAAGAGGAAACGCUUCUACACGCCGGACUUCGUCCAGCCGCACGCCAGGCAACGGCUGGAAAACUAUCUGCGUGGCAGAGUGAGGAAGAACACACACGAACGACAAGAGAAGAAGAAACUACAACAGCUCUUCCCCAAACAGGCGGCAAACUCAUAACACACACAAGCAGCUUUUCCCCAAACAUGCAGUUGUCAUGAAUACACACACACACACACACACUGCAUUAGUCUGGGCAAGUUGUUCCCCAAACAAGUGUUUCAUACUCCAUUAGUCUCCAUGAGUUGUGUGUUAUUACACAUAAACAUGAAAUUGUCCUGGCCACAGCGUAGAGGUCUACCAUCUUCUGUGUUCAUUGGUAUAUGUGUUACUGUAACCUGCAGCAUUGUAAUAAAGAUGUCUCCUUUGUA